CGAAAGCGGAAAAGCGUGACUGAGAGUACAAAGUUGAUGUAACCGCUAACAUGCCAGUGUAUAAGUUAUUAACAUGAGCUGUUAAUAGAUGUACUUUUACCAGCUUUUUUAAAUUAAAAACUUUGCAGUGAACAGCCACAACAAGCUGAAAUGAAGACACUAGUUGUGGGAGUUGGUGGGAUGACCAAUGGAGGAAAGUCUACUCUUUCUAAGAGUCUACACCAGCAGAUAGCCAACAGCUGUCUCAUUGCACAGGAUUCAUAUUUUAAGGAUGAUUCUGUUGUACCAAUGGACAGCAAUGGGUUCAAGCAAUAUGACAUGCUCGAUGCUCUCCACAUGGACACGAUGAUGUGCGAGGUCGACUCGUGGCGAAGAGAUCCUGAGGCAUUCCUGAGGCAGCGAGGCCUGAACCCCGAGCACACGACGCCAUCAGUAGAUGAGGAGGUGUAUGUGCUGAUUGUGGAGGGCUUCCUCAUUUUCAACCACAGGCCUCUGAAUGAGCUAUUUUACAAAAGAUACUUCAUGGAAAUACCUUAUGAUGUCUGCAAGAGGAGACGAAGUUUGAGGGUGUACACGCCUCCUGAUCCUCCUGGAUACUUUGAUGGACACGUGUGGCCAAUGUACCUGAAAAACCGGCAGGAGAUAGAGAGCAUGGCGUCUGGAAUUGUAUUUCUGGAUGGACUGAAGCCAAAGGAAGAGCUGCUGACUGCUGUGUGUAACUAUGUUUGCCAGGAAAAAGAAAAGCUCAUGGAGGAAGCCUGAAACGGUCGGAGUUUUAUUUGUUUUACCUUUUUGAGACUGCAGCUUCAAUAGAUGUCAGGAAAGUGUGUCUGAAAAGACCAAACCAAGUAUUAAUGGCUCUGCAAUACCUACAAUAGUUAAUAUAGCUGAAAAGAGUAAACACCUGUGAAUCAAAUCAAAUCAAAUUUAUUUGUAUAGCCCAAUAUCACAAAUUAUACAUUUGUCUCAGUGUGCUUUACAGACUGUACAGGUUACGACAUCCUCUGUCCUUAGACCCUCACA